AUGGCAGAUGAGAUCGCCGCAGAGACCUUCAAGAAGGUCUACCCUCGUGAAUUCUACAGCCGAUUCUUGGAACACAAUGUAAGGCCGGAUGGCCGAUCUCGCGAGGAUCCGCGACCGUGUGCAAUUGCACCAGGAACAAUCACCAGCAGCGAUGGUUCCUGCCUCGUUACACUGGGCAAGACGAGCGUUGUAUGCGGAAUCAAACUGGAGUUUGCUGAUCCACCACUUGACAACGACAACGUCGGCUGGAUUGUUCCAACAGUAACGCUGCCGCCGCUGUGCUCCGAUCGGUUCACACCGGGACCCCCACCAGCAGAGGCGCAGCGCCUGUCAGAGUUCAUCACAGACAUCUUCUGCUCAGACACAAUGCUCGACAAACACGACCUCUGUAUCAUUCCUGGGAAGCUGUCAUGGGCACUGUAUCUUGAUAUCCAAUGCGUAAACUACGAUGGAAACGUUGUCGACGCGUGUGUGCUCGCCGCCAUGGCUGCACUUCAGAGCGUGACACUGCCCAAAGUGGAGCUGCCUUCCGAUCUGAGCGACCUUGAAGGUCUUCCUUCCAUUGACAGAAGCGCCGGCCACGCCCUCAACCUGAAGCGCACAGUGACCAGCUGCACAUUCGCCGUGCUGGACGACGUGUUGACAGACCCUUGCCUGGAGGAGGAGGACCUUUGCUCAGCAUCCAUGACGGUUGUGGUCGACGACGCUGGCAGUAUUUGCUCCAUGUGCAGCCCAGGUGACUCCAACGCAGAGGACACACGCGCUUGA